AUGACCCCAGGAGAGGAGAGCAACCCCAGCCAAAGCAAACUUGUGUAGGCUUGGACGGUUUCCAGGGAAGCCGUUGCUAUCAACAAAGUGGACCAUAAAACACCAAGGUCAGUUCUUUGCUCCAAUCACAGAUCAGCAAAGUUUUGAAUCAGCCAAUCACCUAUCAGAAUGCUAGUCUACCAGAAGAAUGGUGUUUUGGAGGAAGCUUUGCCUGUUGAAUGAAAUGCUAGCAAGCUAAGUAAAAUAUAUUUAACAAUAUACAUAAUCUACCAUUUCGAGGAAUAUUUGGGUUUUCACAUGAAAAAAGCACUGAGAACCCGAUCAUUCUCACCACCCCUACAUGUGCACGUGAAUGAGACCACGCCUGUGCAUGUGAAGAAGAGUAGGAGCCCUGCCAGGACACCACAGGGUAAGACUAAGGGCGAUGGAGGGAACCUGCGAACUACUGCAAAGGUCAAGACACGAGUGCCGUGGAUACCGCCUGGGAAGGCCUCCAUACGGGAUGCCUCCUACAAAUGGGAGAUCACAGCAUUACCUCAGUCUGAGAUCUCCCACUCUCUGCUGCGAUUUGCCGACCUCUCGUCAGAGGAGGAGGAAGUGCUGCAUGGACGAAUCAACCAGUACGAGAGGAAGAUUGACAGCCUGAUGACUGAGGUGGAGCUGCGAAAGAAGGAGCAGCUGCUGGUGCGGCAGUCUGAGAAACUUAGCGCCUCCCAGCAGGUCAUCGAGGAGCAGGAGGAGGAGCUGGCCGAGGUGUGCAAUGAGCUGGAGGUCACGGAGAGGGAGAACUCCCGCCUGCGCCACUCCAUGGAGAAGAUGUUGGACGAGAGCGACUGCACCAGCAGACUAGAGAGGUCUAUGGAGUCGAUGCAGCUGGAGAAGGACACUCUGCUCAGGAAGUUGAUGGAGGCUGAGAUAGAUGGGACAGAGACUGCAAUACAGGUGUCAGCCCUCAGAGAGACCGUCACUAAGAUGAGGAAUGUCAGCACCAGUAGGAUGUCUGGGACUGAGUCUUCCCUCCUGGCGCAUCAGAAGGAGCUGCUGCUCCAGAAAUUGGAGACGUUUGAGGCCACCAACCGCACGCUGCGCCACCUACUGAGGGAACCGCACGGACAUGAGCUGGAAUCCACGAGGAUGUCAGAACAGAAAGAUGUACUUCUGAAGAGGCUGACAGACACAGAGGCAGAAAACUCAAGGAGAAUGCUAAGACCACAGGCGAACUGUAAAGUGCUGGAGUCUACUCGGGCACACUUGCAGAGCCAAUUACGCAGCAAAGAGGCUGACAACAACCGCCUUGCUGUGCAAAUCAAGAACCUGGAGCGGGUGGCCAGUCAGCAGCAGGGAGAGAUGGGUCACCUGCUGGAGCAGUUGCGGAGUCUGAAACUUCAGGCGGAGGCCGACAAAGAGGACCUGAAGAGGGCCACACGGGCCCAGAAACACCAGGCUGAACGCAGCGAAGAUACCGCCGGGCAGCUCAGCACCCAGCUACUGGAUGUGGAGAAUCAGAUGGCAGAGGCCCUAUCAGCAGCAGAGAACUGGCGUGGUCGCCACGCCCAGGAAAUGAAGGACAAGACUCAGCUAGAGAUGGAGGUCUCAGUCCUCAACAGCCAAAUGUCAGACCUGACACAGCAGCUCCAUGGGAGAGAGGACAAGGGCCGGGCCGAGAGAGAGGGGCUCCUGGACCGCCUGCACAGUCUCACCACAGAGGGCACCCACGCCAGCCUACAGAACCAGAGCCUCAAGGCCAGGUUAUCUGCUGUGGAGGAGAAGCUGGCUCUGUCCCAGUCAGAGGUACAACAAGUCAAAGCCUCUGUGAAGCAAUACGAGAGCCUGGUAGACAGCUAUAAGACCCAGGUGGAGCAACAAGGCACCCAGGUGGAGCUGAUGAGAGUGAAGAACUCGGUGCUGUUGGAGGAGAACAAACAGCUGCAAAACCGUGGAGAGUCUAGAGAGGUCAGACAGAAGUUGGAGGAGGCCACCAGUCAAAGCAGGGACCUGGCGGGGGUGAUCGCCAAGCGGGAGGAGACCAUCCACAGCAACCAUCUCUGUCUGGAGGAGAAGUCCCGUGAGUGCACCCACCUGACCCACCAGCUGGAGGAGGCUUUAGAAGACGCCCGACUGCAGGUGUCCAACACCCAGGAGCGUGCGUCCACCAAAGAGCGCUCCACCCAGUCCAAGGUGGUGGACCUAGAGACACAGUUGAGCAGAACCGCCACAGAACUCACCACCCUACGCCGUAGCAAAGAGGAGGUGGAGCGGCGUUAUCAGUCGCGUCUGCAGGAUGUGAAGGAUCGUCUGGAGCAGUCAGACAGCAUCAACAGGAGUCUGCAGAACUACGUCCAGUUCCUCAAAGCAUCCUAUGCCAACGUGUUCGGCAACUUAGUCCUCACCAGCUCUCUGCGGGCCCCCUCUCCUAUCUGACGGGACCAUCCCCAAAGAUUAUCUCAGAACACACACACACAGACACACACACCUAUCCCAUCUGAGGAUACUCUCCCCAAACACACUUAUUUAUCCAGGUCCAUUUUCAGAGGGCUCUUUUCAUCUAUAUGAAAUAUGUGGAUUUUGAGUGUGUAUAUGUUACAAUUAGACGGCUAUAAUAUAUCAAUUUUUUCAAGAAAGGAAAGUGCUGUUUGCAGACAUUAAUAGUUUACACAGUCUUCACUUCCAGCUUGGAAAAGUACACCCAAACACGCUUCAGUCCAGCUAAAACAAAAAAAGGAAUCAUCUGUUCGGCUGAGGGACUUGGAAAUAAUUUUUAAAAACACUCCUUUCCCCAGGACGCUUUAACUAGUGACUAUCAGGGAGAAUACAGAUCCUUCUGUUUCUGGGUAAAUCUGAUACAUUUAUUGACAGGACAAAAAAAACAAUAGGCUUACUUUUAGGCAUGAAUCACCAUCAGAGCCUGACUCCCGGAAAGUCACUUGUUGAAUAAUAUAUGCAAUUUAGCAGUCGCUUUUAUCCAAAGCAACUUAUGCGUGCAUACAUUUUAUGUAUGGGUAGCUCCGGGAAUCAAAUCCACAACCCUGGCAUGGCUGACGCCAUGCUCUACCAACUGAAGUGUGCUGGGAUAAGGAAUGUUUUGGGGAUUUACUUCCUGCUUGUCUACAGUAAUCCUAUAGUUGUUGAUGUCCUACUAAGGCCAUUAUGUUUUCACCUCUACAGUUCAUGAUAUCUCAGCAAACUGUAUCAUUCUGUCCUGUACCUUACUGUACAACACUAUAUAGCUAGCCACCCACCUAACAAAUGUACUGUACCAAACCAUAGCUGUCUAGCUACCCUGUCGCAUAGUUGUCAUAUACAGCAUCCGUCUAUUUAUCAUCUUAUCAUGUUACGGAAUUGUUCCAUUGGUGCUAUGAUUGAUUAGCCUGGUCCCAGAUCUUUUUUUGCUAUCAUGUCAACUCCUUGUCAUGUUUGGCGUGACGAGGAGCGGCAUGUUCACGCAAAAAUAAUAGUACCCAGGCUAAUGAUUGGUGCUAUCUGCUAACCAAGGCCAUAUCAAUGAAACUAAUGAUUUAGUUUGGGUUGUACUGUUUAUUUGGGUCAGUAGGAGUUGAUGUGCUCUUGGUGAUAAUUGUAAUAGUUGUACUUCUACUUUAAUUAUGAAAUAGGAUAUAUUUUUUAUACUUUAAUACAAUUAUUGUAUAUACCUUGAAAGUGUUGAGUUACAAUAAAGCAAUUUAAAAGGUUAUUCUUUUCUGGUAAUAGCUGUUGUGUCUUUGGCAUCAUUAAA